AAAUUAAGAGUCUGUUAAACAGAUAUAUGACCCAAGACACAUCUCCAGACAAGGCUUUUGUUGUUAUGGCUGGUAGUAUACUUCAGAUUUCAGUGAUGGUUAUAAGGAACAAAUUCUCAGUUUUGGGACUGGACACCCAAGAGGAAAGGCUCAGAGGAUCUGGAAAAUUCUUAUUGGAGAUUGCCAUAUCAGUUAUGGAUGUUAAAAUGCAUGGGUUGUGUGUUGAUGCUGCAAUCACUGGCAUAAUGACUUCUCCAUUAGCAGAACUCCAGUAUUUGGAUUCAGCUGCUUUCAUUGUUGGACAGUCAAGUCAAACUUACUGCUGUGCAGUCAAUAUAGGAGAUGUUGUUGUGAUCUUAGCUUUCAGAUCAACUUUCGGUAGAUAGAAGCAGGUCCUUAGUGGGAGCCUUUUUGUCAAGAGUUAUACCGCAGCCUGCAGUGUAUUCAACCAUUCCUUGUUUUCAACUAUUACAUGAUAUGGCAGAGUGGGCCAACUACCAACGAAAGUCAGGAGAAUAACCUCAACAAUUUUGCAUUUGAUUUCUUUCCUAAUUGGUUCUAUUACGAUGUUAAGCCUAUUAUUGCAUAACUACAGAUUGUUGGAAGUUGAAAGGUAAUUCAUUUAUCGAAGAAUCUAAAUUGUUUCAUUAAGAAAACUGAGACGAUGGUAGAAGAUGUUAAGAUUAUGUAGCUCUGAACUUGUUUCUCUUUGUACUUCAGUAACAUCAUAAUCACUUUGUUUAACAACUUCAAUUUACUGUAAGUUCUAUUUGUGGUGUUUCUCUCAUUUUUCAACUAGCUACAUUUCCUGUUACAGUUUCCUGCUUUUUCUUUGCAGAUUUUGUUAUGUAUACUCUUCAAUGCUUUUGUAAUUAUGGGCUUGUAUUAACUAAUAGAGAGUCCUCAUUGUU